AUGAGUGAAACUACUGAUUGGGACAGUGUUACUGUAAUUCGAAAACGUGCUGAGCAUGCCAAAGUCACUAAAGGUGACGCUGCGAUUAACGCAGCUCGUCGCGCGGGUGCCGUUGUUGGGAUAGAACGUAAAGUUGCUGGUGGAACUAAUAAAGGUCAUUCUAGCACCGAUCAUCAAAAGAUUGCCAAACUUGAUCGGGAGAAUGAGGUUGCACCACCACCAAAGAUUAGUUUGUCGGUUGGAAAAGCCAUUCAACAAGCUAGACAAGCUAAAGGUCUUACUCAAAAGGACCUAGGCCAGAAGAUUAAUGAAAAAGCAAAUAUUAUUAAUGAUUAUGAAAUGGGUCGCACUAUCCCAAACCAACAAGUUCUUUCAAAACUGGAGCGGGUGCUAGGCAUCAAACUACGCGUUGGUGAACCUCUUCACUCUAAAUGA